AUGUGGGAAUGGGAUAUCGGGCGCAUUGAACAGUUCUUCAGAAAAGCAGCAGCUUAUAUCCGUAUAAACUCUGAGACGCUUUUAUGUACAUAUGUACCGCUAAACGGCGCAAGUCAAAGCGUCGAUCAAGUACAUAGUGAGAGUAAAGGUGCAUCUACUUGGUAUUGCGAUAGCAGUGAGAACAACGCAACAGGCAUUAGCAGCAAUUUAGCGACGGCGAGGAGUAACAGUUGUAAGAUUUUGGAUGCAUCUAUUGUGGCAGCUUAUAGCCCUGACAGACGAGCAAAAUUAAUGUGCCUUAAGCAACGCAAAUGCGAAUUGAAAUUUUAUGGGGACAGACGGCAGACUUGUGCAUUUACACAGCUUGUUCAUACCAAAUGAACACAUCCCUGCAUUGUCCUCCUAACUCGUCUAAAUACGAAUUAGAGGACAAUGCAAAAAACACCCAACAGCGCCAACAUAACAGCGAAGUACCCAACAAACAGAAAGACA